CGGACCCUUAACCUCGUAUAACCUCUUAGCUGCGUAAGCCGGCCUACUCGUACGAAGAUUCGCACCAUUCUUUUAAUUUAUUUAUUACUCAGAUCAGUAACUAAAGUGCAGCUUUAUAUAAAGUUAGGUUGUUCCAGAUAUGGCACAGAGCAAGGUGGUCGAGUUUGCGAUGAAUUUCGGCAGGAAUCCCGGCGGAAUGAAUUUAGGAGUUAAAUUGCUUGCGGCAGCCGGCGUGGCUUUGUAUGGAGCUUCGCAAUCCAUGUACACAGUUGAAGGUGGUCAUCGUGCCAUAAUAUUUUCUCGUCUCGGAGGGAUCCAAAAAGACAUUAUGGCAGAGGGUCUACAUUUCCGGCUACCCUGGUUCCAUUAUCCGAUCAUCUAUGAUAUUCGCAGUCGGCCGCGGAAGAUCUCCUCACCCACUGGAUCCAAAGACUUACAAAUGGUCAACAUUUCACUCCGAGUACUCUCUCGUCCAGAUGCACUAACCUUGCCUAUUAUGUAUCGUCAACUUGGUCUCGACUAUGAUGAGAAGGUUCUUCCAAGUAUUUGCAAUGAAGUAUUGAAGUCGGUCGUAGCUAAGUUUAAUGCCUCUCAGUUAAUUACUCAGCGACAGCAAGUUUCCAACAUGGUUCGCAAAGAGCUAACCGAACGAGCACGUGACUUUAACAUUAUCCUGGAUGAUGUCUCCAUAACGGAAUUGAGCUUUGGUAAAGAAUACACAGCAGCAGUUGAAGCAAAGCAAGUGGCUCAGCAAGAAGCACAGCGAGCUGCCUUUGUUGUGGAGCGGGCCAAACAAGAAAAGCAACAAAAGAUUGUUCAAGCUGAGGGAGAAGCUGAAGCAGCAAAAAUGCUUGGUAUAGCAGUAAGCCAGAACCCUGGAUACUUGAAGCUACGGAAAAUUCGUGCAGCACAAAGUAUCUCACGCACGAUUGCCAACUCACAGAACCGUGUAUACCUCAGUGGAAACAGUUUGAUGCUUAACAUCCAGGAUCCAGCAUUCGACGACCUUUCGGAGAAGUUGAAAAGUUGUCUGGUUUCAGGUCAUGAAAGAGUGGGCUGGAAGAGUUGGAAUGAUACCGCUCAACAGGCAGUCAAAACUUUAAGAACAAAUCCCCAGCCAGCUCUACGAAACAUUGAAAUAUCACCUAUCGAGUCUGCGACUGCGUCUCCUGAAGAUCCCGCUUCCUUGAUUCUGGACUCUGCCGAUAACGGAGCCAAGCUUAUCGUCCCCUGAGAGUGAUCCUGCCUAUACCUUUUCUGAAACAUUUCCAUGUUUCUCUAGUGUGUGUUCCUCAAUCUAAUUUCUUACAGUCCCAUAUUAUCCAUUUGCCAAAGACAAAAUAUCCUGAAAAUUGUGAUUUGUUUCGUUUCUUGCGGAAUCAGCUGGCUAUUAAAAAGAUUUUAUUCUGAA